AUGCGGAAAGGAUCACGCACCAAAGGCGGAGAGAAGCAUCUCUUCGUGCCAAGCCGCACCUCCCGCGCUUAUCGCAUUGGACGCACCGCAUCUCUUUCACUGUCCUCCACUUCCAUCCACUGUGAUUGGCAAUCCAGGAACGCACUGUCAGGCAUUGAGACUUCUGCUGAGUAUAAGCCACUCCCAUUGCACCAUCUCCAUGCACUUCACACACUGCUGAGCCUUCCUUAUUCCCAUCCGUUCCUGUGCAACAAGCCACCCUCCAGUCACUCGGCCCAUAUCCUGGUUGCUCCGUCGAUCAUCUUUCCAGGGUUCUGGUGCGGAGAUUGCAAACACUGCGUUUCAUACUUCACUGUCUCUCGUUUGGCUUCAAUUUGCUUGAACUCAAUCAGUUCAAACACGUCCCCCUCCUCAUCUCAUAUCAUCGUGUCGUGUGAGACAUUGAACUUGUGGUGGAAAGCAUCGUUUCUGAAAUAG